UUGGGUUUGAUUCCCUAUAUAAGUUAAGCUAUCUGAAUAGUUAGACAUCAUUUCUUCGUUUUGAAGUUUUAAGUCGAGUGAUACAAGGCAGACAGUGUUUCCAGUCUUUGAGAAUUUUGUUUCAUAGCAAAAUUGCAAAGAGGGAUAAUGGCGAGGAUCGUAGCAUUGCUUGUGUUAUUGGUGAUGACCACUGUGGCUUUUGGUUAUCCAACCAUAAGAGUUGGUAACGAAGAAUUUGAAGCUGUCCCAGUGAGGGUUAUUAGAGCUGCUGAACCGGAUCCACAUCACUAUAAGAGAGGAAAAUAUGGCUUUGGUGGUGGAUAUGGCGGAUAUGGUGGAUAUGGUGGACAUGGUGGAUAUGGUGGACAUGGUGGAUUCGAUGGUGGUUACGGUGGAGGACCAGGUUUCGGGGGCUACGGUGGAUACCCUCAAGGAGGUGGAAACUCUCAGGCUCAAAGUUCCGCAAACGCUGCUUCAUUUAAUACACCAUUCGGCAGCGCGUCAUUCGCCAGUUCGAAUGCGAAUGCCCAAGCUGGAGGUUACGGACGAUGAGAGAGGAAAAGAAAAAGGUGGGAAAAAAAGGAAAUUUAACAAGGUCAAGUUACAGCGUGAUCAAAAACCAUAAAAUCAAAAGACUAUUAAUGCCCUCAUUAAUAGCCACUCCUUCUUAUUCCUAAGUGUUAUGUGACUGAGUUAAGUUUUUUAUACAAUAAAGUUUAUCGACAGAAAAUAUCUGUUACUCUAGAAAAAA